ACACAGCGUACUCUCCUUCCACCGUCACCAUGGCCCAUUCAAGUCGCAGGGAUGUUGCCUCAGAGUCCCAGCGCUCAAACGAAUCCAUAUACACCCUCCAAACCGUUAAUUACCCUGACCAAGACGAUAGAUCCCCCCUCCUUGCUCCAGAAACUCCAAAUUAUGGCGCUACCUAUCCCCGCUCACCAUCAACAACUUCUUCCAGCAGAAUCAUCCUUAAUGCGACCCUAAAGAUGGCCUGUAUAUUCGUCGUCAGCUCCGCCUUCUUGGGAGGCGUUCUUUGGCUUGCACUACCUACCCUCGAUGAAAUCGACCGACCUCUCCUCAAGAUUCCAAAGUCAUUCGCAGAACUCCAGGCCCUCAACCAGCUUCUCAAGAAGUAUAGAGACAUCUACCCUUACCGGAUAGUUAUCUGCUAUGUGACAACUUACCUCUUUCUCCAGGCCUUUUCACUACCAGGGUCCAUGUACCUGUCCAUCCUCGGUGGCGCAGUCUGGGGCGUCGCGCGAGCCCUUCCUCUUGCAUGCUGCUGCGUCGCAACGGGCGCAACCCUCUGCUACUUCAUCUCCGCAGCUCUUGGCCCGGCUCUUCUCGCCAUUCCAAAAUGGAAAUCCCUCAUGGAGAAGUGGUCCGACAAGAUUCGAAACAACAAGGAGAACAUGAUCUCUUUCCUCAUCGUCCUGCGGAUAGCGCCCCUCCCGCCUCACUGGGUGGUCAACGUUAUUUGCCCCCACGUUGGUAUUGGUAUCGUCCCCUUCUGGAUCAGCACAGCUCUCGGUAUCCUUGGUGUAACUGUCAUUCAUACGACCAUCGGUGGCGGCCUGGACGAGAUGACAAGCGCUGAUGAUUUCCACCUGAUCAGCUGGCGCAACUUUUUCGGGCUUGCCGCAGUAGUUGUCGGCGUCAUGAUCCCCGUCGGCCUCAGGUAUUGGUUUAGAAGAGAAGUAGAGGACGUCUCCGAGGAGGAGGGUAGCGAAGAUUUGGAAGAAGACCGCAUCAUUGCCGUGGGGCCACCUCCCGCGCCCAAGUUCUCCAAUAACCGACCGCUUCUCGAACGGGACAAUACUACGACUUACAGCUCUGAAGAGGACGACGACGACGACGACGUAAUAUUGGCAACUGGCCCAGCCAUCGACAUUCCAUCCAGUAAAGAUGCCAAGCCAGAACCGCCUCUGAUCGUGUUGGACCCGUCGCCGAAAAUCCACUUUGCCCUCCGUCCACUCCACCUCGCCAGCAUUCUUUUUUGCCGACUUGUACAUUGUUCGUACUUGAUAACCGGGCUCUUUUGGAUGGAGUCGUUCCUUUACGACCUGUUACGACGUCACGCCCGCAGCACUUUUCAAUUCCAACGUGCUGGUGUUGUAAUCUUUCUCGUUGGACCGGUCCUGUGCGUUGUUCGCCAAAUCAAGAAGGCGAGGAUCCACUCUGUGAUGUCAGUCCAUAACUUCAUUCAGCUCGCUGGUGUAGUGUCAACCGGUAUGUACUCGCGUGCAAUCUCGGACUACUGCAUUCACGACCUGAAAUCACUCACUCGCUGCAACAGCAACUCGACUGCGGUUCCUUACCUUUGGGACGUGCUUGUCGGCGGAUCUUAUGCAGCACUCCCGGACGUUUGA